AUGGGGAUCGAGGAGAGAUGGAUGACGACUCACCCUGAACGUGUGAGAGUGCAAUCACGUAUUGCUAACGUGCAGUACCAUAAAGCUGUUGAUGACGUGGAGCGUCUUGUAGUAAUGCGGCUGCUUGAACUUAUGAAGCUUCAAAUGAGCGGUUUAUGUUAUAAGCUACGAACACAGAUUGCAAAAGCUCUGAAGACUUGUGCGACUGUAAUCCGGAAUGCACUGAACCGCUACAACAAGUACGCAGCUCAACUCAACCCCCCCCCCCCCCCCCCCCUGACCACCAAUCACUUGGGAACAGAUACGGAUAAUCAGCUGCAAGAUAAAUGUUGGGCGAUUCCUCGUAAUCGCCAAGCCUCUGCAAAAUACUUUGACCUGCAACGAUCCAAGGAGGAGAUUAUUCAAGAUGAUACCAUUAAUUUCCCAGUGAUAAUUGUGCAACUUCGUAUAUCUGAUCCCCCUCUUGCAGGGGAAGUUCAGCGCCGCUGGGAUCAUAUCUGCUCUAUAGAGGCACUUCCAGGAUAUUCUGGCAGCAGAGCUGCAGGAACACGAGUUGGUCACAUGGACAGCACUCCACUACAAGCCCAACCCGAGGCUGAUAUCAAUGACCGAAAUGUAGAUGAUGAUGCAUAUGAUGAUCCUGAUGGCAAGCAGCAGACUUUGAUGGAAGACUUUUUUGAGCAGCUUCAUGAUGGACCGGUAGGCACAGAUGAGGUAUAG